CGUUUGACUGUGUGAUGUAGUCUACUCUGGGGAAACUUGGGUGUAUGCCUGAUUCUUCUCCUUGUAUCUUAAAAUGGAACUCAUUUCUACUUUUAUGUUUUCUUCCUAUAACUUUCCCUACAGUGGCGAAAGAAAGCAGUAAUUGCCCAACAAAGGUCCCUUCUCUCUGCCUGUCUUCAAGCAGAAGGUGAUUCAGUCAAUAUGUGAUAAAAUUCUGUCACAGACACCCAUGUUGGAAAAGACACUGCCUGAAUUAUCCCAGAGCACCAUAAUGACGGAGGAAGCUUGCAGGACACGAAGCCAGAAGCGAGCACUUGAACGGGAAGUCACCCAAAACGACGUGGACUGUAAAAAAAUGAAAAUGGACAAAGGGCUUUUGGGGGGCCCCGAGGGCAACUCCGAAGGGGGGGACCUUAAGCUAAAGACUGACUCUGGAUCUAGUAAAGUCCAAGGAUUAUUAAAAGGAGGGGAGAUGAAAGCAACCAUCAGAGUGGAAGUUCAGACGGGAGAUGAGCCGGUGGAUAUGAGCACCUCAAAAAG